UUUAAUCAAAAAUUACAAUUUAUAAACGAAAAUCUUUUCAUUUUUAUUUGGAUGAAAAUUCGAAUCUUUAAAAACAACUAUUUACACCUGCGUGGUUAUUGCUGAAAUAUGGUUCGCAACAGUCGUUUAUUUUCAAAACAACAACAACAACUCGUGAGUGUCAACAAACAUGAUCAUCGACCAUCCAUCAUCAAUUGGUUUCAACAAACAAAUUCAAAUCAAAUAAUUAGUUCGACCAUGAAUCAAUCAGAUAAUCAAUUUAAUGCACAUGUUAAUGUCAAUUUGAAUAAUCAAUAUUGGCUUCAACAACAAUUCAAUAUUAAUCCACGUAAACCUGUCGGUGUGUUUUGGGAUAUCGAAAAUUGUACAAUUCCUCGUGGUGUUAGUCCUUCAUAUCUAGUGGAGAAAAUUCGUUUAUUCAUUCAAAGUUUAUAUAUGAUCGAAAGAGAAUUUGCAAUUGUCUGUGAUGUACCGAGCUUUACUACAUCUAUAAUCAACGAAUUAAAUAAUUCACAAGUCAAUAUAAUACAUAUUAGUUCGUUUGCUAAAAAUGCUGCCGAUGAAAAAUUAAAACAAUUGAUUUUACGAUUCGUACAAACGAAUGGACCGAAUUGUGCCGUCAUAUUGUUUUCAAGUGAUAUAAAUUUUGUACCAGUAUUAAGUGAUAUAAAAAAUCGUAUUGGUGUAUUUGUUAUAUUAUUUCAUCAUCAUCUUGUAUCAUCAGCAUUAUUGGCUAGUUCACAUUAUCAUUUUGAUUAUGAUCAAUUUUGUUUGACACCACCAAAUGUUAAUGUACCGUCAAACAAUUAUAAGAUUAUGAAAAAUCAAUCAGAUUUUAUCAUGACAUCAUUACGAAUUUCAAAUCUACCAUCGGUAUCGGAUGAAGAACAAACUAAAUCUUUAUUGAAUCGAAUUAUCAAUAAUAAUGGUGGCCGUAUUAUUUAUCUUGAUAUGAUGAAUCAUGAAGCAAUUGUACGAUUUAAAUGUCGUUCGGAUGCAUUACGUUGUCAUCAACGUGUUGAUAAUCGAAAAUUUUAUGGCUACAUUCUUAGAUCUAAAUUCGAACCAGCUUUCACUUCAAAUCAUGUUCAAUCGUAUAAUCAAGAUGCCAUUAAUAAUCAUGAUACUAAUCAAAUUAAUCAAAUUAAUGCUAAUCAUAUCGAUACAGAUGAUCGAAUCAAUGAAGCUAGUCAGCCAUCGUUUAUUAGUCAAUCAUUAAUUGAACGUGCAACUAAAUGUAAAGUUUGCACUGUUCAAAUUCAUAAACAAUCAAAAAAUCAUAAUUUUUUAUUCACUGAUAAAAUUUUCAGUAUUAAUAUUGAUUUUGAUAAUUUUUGUCGAAAAUUAAGCUAUCUAUUAUUGUUACAUGAUGGUGAAUUACCAUUGAAUGCUUUACCAGAUUGUUGGCUAAAAACAUUUGAAUCAGAAUUGGAUGAUUCAAAUAAUGAUGGUCCAAAAGUAAUGCUUGAACAUUUAAUUACCUGUAUUCCUAAUGUCAAUGUUCGUGAUUUGGAAAUUGAAAUUGAUCAGAAUAAGAUUUUAACAAAAUUUAUUGUUAAUGAAUCAUUGGAUGAAUCAUCAUAUGAAGAAUCAGAAAAUUUAAAAAAUUUUAUGAUAAAUUUACAAUUGCUAUUGGACAAUCAAAUAUCGAAUGAAAUCAAAGGUUUUCCAUCGAUCGAAUUAAAUGAACUGGAAACAGAAUAUUAUCAUCAUUUUGGCCACAAUAUAAAUCCUUUUGAUUAUGGAUGUUCAAAUCUUAUCGAACUAUUACAAUCAUGUCGAAUAAAAUUCAAUAUCUAUUCCUAUGGCAAUCAUCGUAUUAUUGCCUUGAAUUUUGAAGAACAAGCUUAUCAAUUCAUAUUGGAAUUCGCCAAACUUUAUCCAUUUGAUCUAACUGAUCCAAAUUAUUUUGAUAAUUUUAAUAUCGCUGUUUAUGGUGCAUGUUCAAUCGAAGAUAUGAUUGCAGCCAUUGAUAUGAGAACAGAUCUAGUCGAACAAAUUCGUGAUAAAAAUCAACGUUUAGCAAUAUUUAGUUAUCCGAAAUUGGUACAUAAUUCAACAAUAUUGGAUGAAUUUGAUACAAUCAAAGCUGAUUUGAAACAAACACUGUUAUUGAUGCCAGAUUUUUCGAUGGAUUUAUCCAAAUUUCAUGAAGAUUUUUCUCAGCUCAUUUACAAAAAAUUGAAUAUAACAAUAACAUAUUGUCGUCUUUCAAAUCUAAUUAUCAAUCAUAGUGAUGGUGAUUUCGAAAUAAUGGUUAAUCAUUUAUCAACAUUACCUUGUCCGGAUAAAUUAAUGCUUAGUAUAGAUUUACAAUUACAAGAAUUGGGCAAACGAUUCGUGAAAAUUUUCAAUGAAAUGGCUACCAUAAUUUUUGGAAAAUCAUGUCAUACGAAUGAAAAAAAUAUAGCCAUACCUAUUUAUGAUUUAAUUUAUCAUUAUCAUCGUCGUUAUAAAUCAAUUUGUUUGGAAAAUUUAGCCAUAAAAUCAAUGCCAAAAUUAUUUGAAAAAAUUCUUGCCAAUUCUUUUCUUUGUUAUGAAAAUUAUUGUCUCAUUUAUACGACAAGUUCAAUUUUUUUGAAACAAUUUUCUUCAACAUGGCUUCAAUGUAUUCUACAUUUUAUAUUGCGAAUUACUAUUCAAUAUCGUUCAUUCGAUCGAAUGAUUACAUUUGAUGAAUUUCGGCAAUUAUUUCAUGAUCAUUUUGGAUUUUCAUUUGGUUUAAGCUUUUUUUUCAAUCUUUAUAUUCUGAAAAUGAUACGAAUUGUUAAAUAUGUUAAUAAUGAUGAUUUAAUUGUCGAACUGGAACCAUCAUGUGAAUUUGUGGCCAAAUGUUUGAUUGUUAUGUUGUUACAUAAAAAUAUUGUAUUUCCUAAUCAACAUGACCAUCAUCAUCAUCAAUCGUGGACAUUAGAACAAAUUGAAAAUGAAUUUUACGAUCAUUUUGGUGUAUCGUUAGCUUAUUCGAAUCCAAACGGUAAUCAUCAAUUCAAUCCAAUCGAAUUAUUUACCUCAUUUGAUUGGCUAUUUGAAAUCGAAGAUUAUUUCCAUUAUCAAACUAUAAAGAUCAAAGAAAUUGAUUCUUUUGAUUAUGAUCUCAAUAACAUUCCACGUUGUAAUUAUUGUGAAUAUUAUCAGGAACCACAACAUCAUCAAUUACCAACAACAACAGCAAUGUCUGAAGAAAUGAUGAAAAAAAAUUUCAAUCAACAAUCAUCGAUCAUGAUGCAAAAUACGGGUAUUGAAAUUUCAAAUUGAAUUGAUUUUUUAUGUUGCAUAUCUUUUCUACUUUACAUUUUUUUCUUUAAUAUUUUUUAAAGAUUCUUUGCUUUUUUUUCAUUAUUACAAAUGAUUAUU